GAAGUGCAGAUCUUGAUUGGCAAGACUAGCGAGCACGGCCUCAGCCAGCAGCGGGAGCGUGUCUUGAUGCUGGCAGUGCGCGAGGACGUAUUGAUCAAGUCGCUGUUUUUCUAUGACAUGCCAGCUGCUGUGGAGCAGGUGCCACUGGAGUGCUUCAUCGACCCGAAGAUCCCGGCCAAGACGACAGUGGAGAAGGAUCAGACCCAGACAUUUCUGAGGAACCUCAGGUCUGCGGAGAAGAUGCUGGGUCGUGCUACGCUCCGAAAGUUCCCGCAUGUCUUGGAC